UAUUCAGAGUAUCGGUUUCCGUUAUUUACAACUGCAAGAGUUUACGGAAUGCCGUGUACACCGUACCAAAGACUAACUUUUCUACUUCCAAUGUGGCAGCGGUUAGUACCUACCUACAUUAAGUGACAUAGGUAUAGAAGGGACAAAGGUUUAUUGUUAACGCGCGAGAUAUACGUGCAGCAUCUCUGCGGGGGCUUGCUUACAUUUUAAAAUUGUUCCGAUUGACGUCGAUGUCACUUGUUAUCUCACAAAAGUAACGCGCAAAAACGUAUUGGUUAGAGAAAAGAAAAAGACACAAUGGGCGAGCUUGAAGUAGCUGAUGACAGAUUGUAUGGUUGCCAGACGCUUCGAUCUGUCAUGAACUUCCCUAUAGGAGGAAUAGCUGAGAGGAUGCCUUAUCCAGUGAUUGUCGCCUUCGGAAUUCUGAAAAAAGCAGCUGCUAAAGUCAACACCGAGUUUGGUCUUGAUAAAUCUAACGCUGACGCGAUUAUGAAGGCGUGUGAUGACGUAAUUUCGGGAAAACUGUAUAAUGAAGGUCACUUUCCACUUGUCAUCUGGCAGACGGGCUCUGGAACUCAGUCUAACAUGAACACUAAUGAGGUCAUUGCUAAUCGCGCCAUUCAAAUAUUAGGGGGCAAGCUCGGAAGCAAGACCCCCGUCCAUCCGAACGAUCACGUGAACAAGUCCCAAAGUUCUAAUGACACGUAUCCUACAGCUAUGCACAUAGCAGUAGCUAUGGAGAUCAGGGACACUUUGAUGCCAGGGCUCGUAGCUUUAAGAGAUACCCUCGCAAAAAAGUCCAAAGAUUUCGAAAAGAUCAUCAAAAUUGGCAGAACUCACUUGAUGGACGCAGUACCUCUGACAUUGGGACAAGAGUUUGGCGGGUACGCUGCUCAAUUGACGUAUGGUAUCGAGAGAGUGUGCGCGACUUUGCCUCGUCUCUAUUACUUGGCAUUAGGCGGUACAGCUGUAGGAACUGGUCUUAACACACGUAUUGGUUUCGCGGAAAAGUGUGCAGCAGAAAUCUCCAAGCUAACUGAUCUUCCUUUUGAGACAGCCCCAAAUAAGUUCGAAGGAUUAGCUUGUCACGACGCGAUGGUAGAAGUACAUGGAGCUUUGAAUGUGAUCGCUUGUUCGCUGAUGAAGAUAGUGAACGACAUCCGUUUCCUUGCAUCUGGCCCACGUUGUGGCCUAGCAGAAAUUAUGCUGCCUGAAAAUGAGCCUGGAUCAUCUAUCAUGCCUGGCAAAGUGAACCCUACCCAGUGUGAGGCAGUUACGAUGGUUGCGGCACAGGUGAUGGGCAACCAUGUGGCCUGCACAGUGGGCGGAAGCAACGGCCAUUUCGAACUGAAUGUGUUUAAACCGAUGAUAGUUGCUAACGUUCUACGGUCUAUCAGGCUGAUUGGAGACUCAUGCCAAGCUUUUAACAAAAACUGCGCGGUCGGCAUCACAGCGAACGAAGAGAGAAUAAAGAAAAUCAUGCAAGAAUCACUCAUGCUGGUCACGGCGCUUAAUCCGCACAUUGGUUACGAUAAGGCUGCGCAAAUAGCAAAGACUGCUCACAAAGAGGGCGGAACAUUGAAGGACACGGCUAUCAAACUAGGCAUUCUCACUGCUGAACAGUUUGACCAAUGGGUCAGGCCUGAAAACAUGCUUGGACCCAAGUAAUAUUUCUGGACAACAACGUGAAAACUGUAUGGGCAUCUUAGCACAGACAGGGAAGGAGUUGAUAAUUAACUUAUUAAUUAAAUGUGAAAUGGUUGUGAUAAAUGACGUGAGUGAGCCAUGUCGGUAUUAGCAAUACAGUCGAGUCUGGAUUUCAGCCUGACCCGUAGGAGCCGGCACAUUGGAGCCGAGAGAAUGUAAUGACCAAUGCUUACGGGUUUCAUACGACGUUUCAACACAUUUGCGGGGAAAACAAAUAGAAUUUGAAAAACAACUGUAAAUAUUUGAUUUAUUAUUUGUGAUUUAAGACGAUCACCAAUGGCGGGAAAACUUUUUUAAAAUUCUGGUGGAACUAGCAGUGCGCGCGCAGAUAGAUAGAGAAGC